AUGACAACGAUAUUUCGUUCAUAUUUACGUCAAGCUGGUUCCAUUCCAGAUCAGUCUAUAUCGCACGAACAGAUUUUAUCUCGAACAAAUUCUAUUGUAUCACUCCAUAGUGGACAAUUCGAUGAAGAUACGAUGGACUUUUCAUCGGUAGAAACGCGAGAUAAACACUUUCCGGCAAAACCAACAACAAUCUGUCCACUUCAUUCUCCAGCAAAAGACUAUACGAUCGAAGAAAACCAGCACUCUAGAGCUGAAAAGGCAAAGUCAAAGAAUAAUAAUACUAUUGCAAAACGAGCAAAAAAGCGUGGUCCUCGUUAUUCACGCAUUAGCGAAAAAUCGCCACCACUAUUUACUCGUCUUCUUGGCACUAUCUUUGGUGAUUCCGACGCUCGCGACAGAUAUAAAACGAAUCAAACUCAAAAAAAGCGAACGAAUGGAACGACAAAAAAGUUGAUUCUACCAUCCAACUCAACGAUUAAAAAGCAAUUCGAAGACAACGAAGAAACCCUACGUUCACUGGUAACACUGCUUAGUCAAAUCGAAUCGAACAUCAAAGGAACAACGAAUCAAACUGACGCACCUAUCGAACAAGCUCGAAAUAAUAAUCGCAUGGAAGAUACAUUGACGUCUUGUUCGAAUGAUACUUAUCAACAGAAAUCGAAAGCUAAAGUGACUCAUCAAUAUUCGAGAGCAUCGAAACAUUUGUCGUCUUCGCGGUUAACUAAAAAAAGACAGUCAGAAGUAGAAGAAGAAGAAGAUACGCUGAGUACAUCAUCGAUUACAACUCACUAUUCCUCGCGAUCGUCGUCGACACCUCGACGUAAAACUAUGGACAGUCAGCAACAAACACAAAUCUAUCCAACUAAAAUCAACACCGCAACCUCGACACAGUUCCAUCAAACGAAUGUAUCGGAACCAUCAUGGCUUGAUGUGAUGCGCGACGAUCAGACCACGAAUGAUGCAUGGGCACGAAUUCGACGUAAACUCAAACCUAAUCAACAAAAAGAUAUUCUCAGGUAA